GCAUUUAGCAACUCAAGAAAGAAUUUAGUUUUCCGACGCAUCACGUUGAGUUCGCACUUACAGUUCUCAGCCGAAGGAAAGCAGACUCAUUAUGCUGAAAACAAAGAAUUUUAUUUUGUUAUUGUGCCUUACGGGUGUCUUAUCAAACCUUCCAAUUGAUGAUACUCACGCGUUUACGAAAAUUGGUGAAAAGUACUACAUAAUAUUUAGUGCAGUAACGAUGAACUGGUUCGCGGCCGCAAACUUCUGUCGAACAUUUAAUGGUGACUUGGUCACAAUCGAUUCUGAAACCGAACUGAAGGACUUACAUGCCUAUUUAAAUGCAAAUAAUCUCAUAAAGAGAGAUUACUGGAUUAGUGGCAACGAUUUGGCAGAAGAAGGCAAAUAUAUGUCGCUCAGCACUGGACGACCAAUGAUUUACACUAAGUUCGCUGCCGGACAGCCGGACAGCCGGACAAUCAGAAAGAACAGAAUUGUCUAUAUCUUGAAGUUACUACAGACUCUUAUAUGCGUGAUUAUGAUUGCAGUGGAAUGAAUUAUGUCAUUUGUGAAAAACAAAGAGUGUCCGCAACGUAUACCACAGGAUCAUGUGAGAACAUGUCUACGGAUUGUGCAUUGAAGACACUUGGUCGAGCAUAUUUGCGAAUGGGAAACACCUUUGAUUGCAGAGCGUAAAUAAAGUACAUUAAUUUCUAUGACGGUGAGAACAUUACUUGUUUUUGUAAAUCUUCAUGUAGAACGCAGAUUUAGUACCACCAAAGCUUUUUACUUAUUCUUCUGUUAUUACCAUAAAACAAUACGAAAUAUAAAACUGCAGUGCAAUACUUUUAAGUAUA